AGUGAGUGCUGCUGUUUCACUAGUAUUUACCUUUUCAUUUUUUUUAAAUUUUCAGGUCAGUAAAAACGACCUACUUGACAUACACACCUACAAAUUCGUCAGGAAGAAUAUGUAACCCCCAAACUGAAGAAAAGAGAAACUGAAAUCGUCAUUAGGUUCAACCCUUUCAACUGAGUCAUCGUGAACAAAACGAGGAACUAAAACUCGUCCUUCAACAUGGCAUUUCGGGGUGGAUCAAGAUCAAUCAGACAGGCAUAUGAAGAUCAUUUUGCACGUAUGGAUGGAAGAAGGGUGACAGUUCAUCGUGUUGUCAAUGUUGUUGAAAAGAGGAACUCUGUGGCACGGCCAGAUUCGGAAUUUGAGAGAGGAUUUACUGAAGACCAGUGGUACGGUAGUCCUCGAAGUUACCAGGAGCCAAGAGGAAGCCACAGCGAGGACGGUUAUCCGCCUAAUGAUCGUCGAUACUUUGAUGAAAAGCCCAACUACAGCAGUUUUCGCAGAAAUUCCUCACCAUCGCGAAAUGAGAGCUCAUAUUCCCAACAGGGUUAUGCUAGAGAUGAUUUGAGACAUCAGUUAAGCUCAAGGAAUAGCGGAAGAGCUCAUCAUUUCCGAAAGAGAACGAGUCGAGGACAGGGCCCGGGCCAGAGGGGGGAUGCAGAAGACUACAGGUCCCCGAAGUCUUUAGUAAUCACACGGGAACGCUCCCCCGGAAGGAGGGAAGCCCCUUCAACUGUCCGCUCCGGAUCCAACACCAACAGGAGCUUCUCUCCUGACAGAGAGAGAGGCUACACACCAAAGCAUAAGUCCGGUUUAGGGACGAGCCAAACCCCCGCCAGCUCCGUGGACGGUUCUCCUCGCAGUUCACCAUCUUCAAAGGAAAAGACUCCAGCAUCUGCAGUGGAGACGGAGGAGACGGCGGCGGCGGCGGCCAGCGUGGACUCAAAACCGGGACAGGAGGAAGACGUAAAGGCUCGCCGCUUGGAGGCCAUUAAGUCUAAAGCUCUAGAAAUUGAGAAGCAUUACAGGCAGGACUGUGAGACAUUUCGCACAGUGGUGAAGAUGCUGGUAGCCAAGGAGCCCAGUUUGGAUAGUCUCCUGCAAGAUCCGCUUGAUAAGAACCUGUUGGAAAUCAAGGAACGCUGCCUGGAUGCCCUGAGGAGCUUCGUGACAGAGCUGGACGAGAUAUUAGAGCAGCCGGACAUCUCAGAAUAAUCCACAUAUCGCAGAACGUUAAGGUGAUGAAAAGGAUUCGUAUCUUCUCUGAAAUAACUGGAUCUGUUGUCAAGAUGGACUUUUAACGUUUUAUCUUUUUUACUUGUAAUGGUACAUUAUUAUAUUAUUUUGUCAAUUAAUUGUGGCAACAAUAUUUUUUUCACAAGAAAAUCACUAAUGUAUGAUGAAGAUGGAAGAGACAUUAAAGGAACCGCCUGGCAUUAGAACAACCUUUGAUCUAUUGUUAGAUGGCAAGGAGUGUAAACUUCUGUUGGGGACCAAAACAGCAUCAGUUUAAUACAUUUUGGGUGAAAAUGGUGUAUUCAAUUCAAUUCCAUUAAAUUCUAAAUACAGUACUUGAUUAAUCCCUGAAGGGAAAUUAUUUAAUUAUGUGUUUUUUUUAGGAAAAAAAAAAAUGGAAGCAGUUAAGGACAGAGACCGUUUGUACAGGCGUCCCUUUUUCUAAGUCCAAACAGGUCAACUAUUAAAUGUCACAUAAAGUAGACGCAGAAGCAGGAGUGUUCAUGACCUCUGCUUGCGACACGUGUUUUGUCAUUUUGCCAUUUUUAGUAUUGAUCCAGUUCCAUGGCAGCAGAGUUCGAUUGCCCCCAGUGUUAACAGUAAUUGUCAUUUAGCUGCAAAUAUGCAUUCAUAUGUUAAGGUCCCCAGGGAAAGUUUGAACGUUCAAGAGAAUGGUCCUUUUAAAGAAUAUAACCCUCAAAUUUAAAACUGUGGAAAUGAACGUCUGCUGACUACUACACUGAAAUACCUGUAGUAUUGGUAGAAUGAUGAAAGAAGUAAAUCUUACCUACAACUAAGAAAUAAAAUAUGUACAGUAUACAAAUCCUAUUCAGAGUGAACUUUAACAGUUUUUUUUCCAGUGAAUUGUUAAACUUGAGCCAUGCCUUGCUAUUCAGAGGGUUGACAGGUUCUUGUAGACUGAAGCUAAUCAAAGCGCUGGCAGGAAAACAUGAGUAAGUCAUGGAGAUUAACAGAUCUAACGUGUACUCAAGUUCAAUUUAUUUCUCGCUUCAGUAGGUGCAAGUGCUGUUGACACAAUUAUCAAAUGCAAGUGUUCGGAAACCAGUAUUAAAUACUCCAACUCUGUGGAGUUACCUUAUUGAAGUGCUGUUUGUGUAAAGAAAAUGGCAUUUUAGUUCAUGUGGGUUUUGUUUUUGUGUUUUGUAAGUUGAAAAUCAGCUGCUUUUAGACUGUAAAGUUAACUUUGUAAAUAAAAUGUGUGUUCAUGAAAUACACAAAAAUGUUCUUCUUUUU